GGAUAAUGAUGAGACAGCAAAAGAAGAGAAAGUACCUGUGAAAGAGAAGUACGUUGCAAAACCAAAGGCAAUCCCUUCUCUUGGAAGCAAGAAUAGAUUCCACCCCUAUUCAAAGGACAAGAAUGCAGGCACUGGAGAGAAGAAGACUAUUAAUCGCAAUAGAGUUUUUAUUAGCAACAUCCCAUAUGACAUGAAGUGGCAAGCUAUUAAAGAUCUUAUGAGAGAGAAAGUUGGUGAGGUUACAUACGUGGAGCUGUUUAAGGAUGCUGAAGGAAAAUCAAGGGGUUGUGGUGUGGUUGAAUUCAAAGAUGAAGAAUUUGUUAAGAAAGCGUUAGAAACUAUGAACAAAUAUGAUCUUAGUGGAAGACCCCUGAAUAUUAAAGAGGAUCCUGAAGGUGAACAUGCUCGUAGGGCAUUACAGCGUGUAGGAGGACAGUUUCCAGGAGGACAUGGACCUGAUGUGGCACCUGGAAUAAUGAAUUUACCACCUUCUAUUCUCAAUAAUCCAAACAUUCCUCCUGAGGUUAUCAGUAACUUGCAGGCAGGCAGACUUGGGUCCACUAUCUUUGUUGCUAAUCUUGACUUUAAAGUUGGUUGGAAGAAACUGAAGGAGGUAUUCAGCAUUGCUGGAACUGUAAAGCGUGCAGACAUCAAAGAAGAUAAAGAUGGCAAGAGUCGAGGAAUGGGAACAGUUACCUUUGAACAAGCAAUUGAAGCUGUUCAAGCAAUAUCUAUGUUCAAUGGACAAUUCCUGUUUGAUAGACCCAUGCAUGUAAAAAUGGAUGACAAAUCAAUUCCUCAUGAAGAUUUCCGUGUUGCAGACAGCAAAACUUCACAAUUACCUCGUGGUCUUGGUGGCAUUGGCAUGGGACUUGGACCAGGUGGACAGCCCAUUAGUGCAACACAAUUGAGCAUGGGUGGUGGAAUGGGGAGCAUGGGUCCAGGAGGUAUGGGGAUAGAUGGUCCAGGAUUUGGCGGAAUGAAUAGAAUGGGAGGCGGUAUUGCUGGAUUUCGUGGAAUGGAAGGAAUGCCUAAUAUGGGAGGAUUUGGCAUCAACCGAAUGGGAGAAAUGUUCCGUGGUGGAAUGGGAGGAAACAUGGACAGAGAUUUUGGUCGUAGUGACAUGGCAUUGAACCGUGGUUUUGGAGAUUCUUUUGGAAGGAUGGGUGGUGCAAUGAUUGGUGUUUUUGCAGGAGGAAUGGGAGCGCCUAGCAUGGGCCCAGUAAGAUCUGGAAUGAGUGGUGGAAUGGGUGGUAUGAACAGUAUGGCUGGAGGAAUGGGAAUGGGGAUGGAUCGGAUGAGUUCUGGUUUUGAUCGAAUGGGACCAGCUAUGGGUGGAGGCCUGGACAGGAACAUCGAUAUCGAUCGAGGGUUUGUGCCUGGCCCGAUGGGAAGUGGCGUAAGAGACAGAUUAGGCUCUAAAGGCAACCAGAUAUUUGUGAGAAAUCUUCCUUUUGACUUGACCUGGCAGAAGCUAAAGGAGAAAUUCAGUCAAUGUGGUCAUGUAAUGUUUGCAGAAAUAAAAAUGGAGAAUGGAAAAUCAAAGGGCUGUGGAACAGUCAGAUUUGACUCACCAGAAUCUGCUGAAAAGGCCUGUAGGAUAAUGAACGGCAUAAAAAUCAGUGGCAGAGAAAUUGAUGUACGCUUGGAUCGCAAUGCAUAAUUUAAAACUGUGUGUUCAGGAACAUUCCUAUGUCUGUUUAGCUUCUCUAUCCUAGUAAGUCAUUUUUAGUAACAUUGUAUGCUUACAAAAGCUGUAAAAAGGAACUUUUAAAUCCCACCAGCCUUUAACAGUAUAGUGUUUAAUAUACUGUGAUACUUGUUAACUGAAUCUUACUAUGUUUGGUUUUUAAAGACAAUUUGCCUGAUUUUUGUUGUUUUUUUUAGAGGCACUGAACACCUGCAGGUCGCUAUAGACCGUGGAAGCUUUGGAUGCUCAGUGCCUUUGGAAAAUUAGGCCAAGUGUCUCUAGUCAUUCAGUUUAAAUGAAUGGUUAUACUGUUUUUAAUAAAAUAAGCCAUUUUCUCUGUUAA